AUGUCUAUCACCAAAGUUCACGCUCGCCAGAUCUUCGACUCGCGCGGUAACCCUACCGUUGAGGUCGAUGUUCACACUGCCAAGGGCCGCUAUCGCGCUGCUGUUCCUUCUGGCGCGUCAACUGGUAUUCACGAAGCUGUAGAACUGCGUGACGGCGACAAGGCCAACUAUGUGGGAAAAGGUGUACUCAAGGCUGUUGAGAACGUCAAUAAGAUCAUUGCCCCUGCGCUCAUCGAGUCCGGUUUGAGCGUGACCCAGCAAAAGGAGAUUGACGAUUUCCUGAUUAAACUUGACGGCACUCCCAACAAGGGCAAACUUGGUGCCAAUGCCAUUCUUGGUGUUUCGAUUGCUGUCGCUGAGGCUGGUGCUGGCGAAAAGGGCGUCCCGCUCUAUCAGCACUUUGCUGACCUAGCUGGUGUCAAGCCCCCUUUCCAUCUCCCCACUCCAGCGUUCAACGUUAUCAAUGGUGGUUCCCACGCAGGCAACAAGCUCGCGUUCCAGGAAUUCAUGUUACUCCCUACUGGCGCCAAGUCCUUCGCUGAGUCCGUCAAGAUUGGUACUGAAGUGUACCACAGCCUCAAGAAGGUCAUCCAGGCCAAGUAUGGCAUUGAUGCUACCAAUGUUGGUGAUGAGGGAGGGUUUGCACCAAACGUCUCGGGUGCCGAGGAGUCUCUCGACCUCCUUGUCGAGGCCAUUGACAAGGCCGGAUACAACAAAAACGAAACCAAGGAUGUGCAAAUCGGCCUCGACGUUGCUUCUUCUGAAUUCUACAAGGAAGGCAAGUACGACCUCGAUUUCAAGAACCCCAACUCGGAUCCGUCCAAGUGGAUCUCCGGCAAGGAGCUUGCCGACCUCUACAUCGGCUACAUCAAGAAGUACCCCAUCGUAUCGAUCGAGGACCCAUUCGAGCAGGAUGACUGGGAUGCAUGGACUCAUUUCACGGCACAAUCCGGAAUCCAGAUUGUCGGCGACGACUUGACAGUCACAAACCCUCUGCGUAUCAAGACUGCCAUUGAGAAGAAGGCAUGCAAUGGCUUGUUGCUCAAGGUCAACCAAAUCGGGACCAUCUCCGAGUCUAUCCAGGCCGCCCAACUCUCUCAGUCUGACGGCUGGGGUGUCAUGGUUUCUCACCGCUCUGGAGAGACUGAGAACACCAUCAUUGCUGACCUCGUCGUCGCUCUUGGCACCGGUCAAAUCAAGACUGGUGCGCCUGCACGCUCCGAACGUGUUGCCAAGUACAACCAGCUUCUGCGCAUUGAGGAGGAGAUCACCGAGACAACUGGCAAGCCAGCCCUCUAUGCUGGGCCCAAGGGUCUUUCGGCUGGACCCAAAGCUCCCGAACUCCACAGCAAGUAA